UCUUGCUUGCAAAACAAGAAGAAGUGAAAAUCUGCCGCGUCAAAAGCGAAACGUGCGUACGGUGGUGGCGUACAGUUUGCGAUUGUAAAUCUAUCUCCAUACCAGAGCCGCGUUUUACGAGAUUUCAGAGGUGCGCAUCAGCUCGCUGGUGGUGUCUGAAAAGUGUUCAAAGUGCAACAGGGUACAAAGUGAUUUCCGAAAUUAUCUUCCUUCGGACAGAAGCUGCGCUGCUCUAACCAUGGCUCCAGUCGAAAAGCAGACCGACCAGGAAUUGACGAUUGAAGAUCCGACCGUCAUCGAAAAGUACAGAAUAGCCGGUGAUGUUGUGAACAGAACCCUCCAAGCAAUUGUCAAAGAAUGUGUUGCUGGUGCUUCAGUCAAAGAAAUUUGCCAGAAGGGUGACAAUAUGCUGAUGCAUGAUACGGGAAAGAAAUAUAAGCAUGAUGAAGACAUGAAGAAAGGCAUUGCCUUCCCAACAUGCCUCUCGGUGAACAACUGCAUCUGUCACUUUUCACCAGCGCGUAACGAUCCGGACUACGUGCUGAAAGAGAACGAUGUGGUCAAGAUCGACAUGGGCGCACACAUCGACGGUUUCAUCGCGGUUGCGGCCCACACGAUCGUGGUUGGUGCGACACCCGAGAAUAAGUGCAAGGGCCGCGCGGCCGACGUUGUCUUGGCGGCAUACCAUGCCAGCCAGGCCGCGCUCCGCCUGCUUAAGGCUGGUACUGGCAACUAUGCGGUCACGGAUGCGGUACAAAAAAUUGCGUCCGACUUCAAGUGCAAACCGAUCGAAGGUAUGCUGAGCCACCAGCUGAAACAGUUCAAAAUCGAUGGCGAGAAAACGAUCAUCCAGAAUCCGACAAUUGCGCAAAAGAAGGAGCACGAGAAGUGUGACUUUGAGAAGUAUGAAGUGUAUGCGAUGGAUGUACUGAUCAGCACGGGCGAAGGGCUUGGCAAGGAGCAUGAUACCCGGGUGGCGAUCUACAAGAAAACGGACGAAAACUACAUGCUUAAGCUGAAAGCAUCCCGUGCGUUCAUCGGUGAGGUGAAGAAGAAGUACGGUACAAUGCCAUUCAACUUGCGCAACUUCGAAGAGGAGGCAAAGGCUAAGCUAGGCGUCAACGAAUGCGUGACGCACAAGAUGGUUGAACCCUUCCAAGUAUUAUACGAGAAGCAUAAUGAAUACGUUGCUCAGUUCAAAUACACGGUGCUCAUCACGGCCAAUGGGAAGAAAGUCGUUACCGGCCAUCCUUUCGAUGAGAACUGCUACGAAAGCGAACACAGCGUGCAGGACGAAGAGAUGAAGAAUCUGCUAGCCGGCAAGGUAGCGCCGCAAAGUGGCGCGAAGGCGAAGAAGAAGCGAAACCGAGGAAAGAAGAACAAGGGAGCGGCCGCCGGUGCAGCUGACGAGGAGGAAGGUGAUAGUGGCGAAGAAGAUGCUCCUGCUGCUACUGCCGAUAAGGCGGAAGCAAAAGCAUAACAGCAAUGUAUUGCGUUUACAGCCACUGCGCCGCCACCACCUUCAGUGAGUCGAGCAGCUUUUCUUCCUCCCUCUCCUUCUGUCACCCCAGUACACGGCUGCCGUCGGUCCACCAACACCGUGUACUGAUGGUUAUUAACGUUUUAUUCGGACGCGCAAUAUUCCGUACCGCAAUACCCUUCGGCGCAUUGCUGCACACUGCCGUUACGAGGAAAAGUGCAAUGCGGCGUCCGCUUAGGGAAAUAGUUCUCCCGCUCACUCCCGCAAACACGUGUGAGAAGUGCACUGGUUCUAAAAAUAGAACGGUUCUAAGACAACAUCCGUGCAGAGCCAUCUAGCGGCUGGUCCAUCUAACUUACGUUGUAGCGUUUUUUUUAAAGAGGGAUAAAAUCGCAAAGCAACUUAAGGCGUAGAAUGCGUUUUUUUUUUUUUGUGAAAUUUAAUAUUAUGCUUUAUUUUUACUUUUUUUUGCCUUUCAAUCCAUUAAUUACCCUGUGGUACGUUACAAUUCCGGUCCGAUUGUAAUCCCCAUGCAUGACAAGACUCUACUUUUGACUUCGAUAGCAAAAGUUAUUUUUCUUCGCAUCCGUACGUUAAUAUGUUUUAAAUUACAGUUUUUUUUACAGAUUCCUCAGGCUAGGGGAAAAACAAACCCCCUACCUUUUUCAUCAAAAUUUUGUUAUUUCUUUUAAAAAUAAAUCAGAUCCGUUGUCAUACGAGCA